GUCUGCGCCGCGCUUGACUCGGAACUACAGUGAAGGACUGCGGUCAGGUUAUCCAACUCCACUGUCAAGCAAGGCUAUCCAUGCUCGACUGAAUUUCCGUGCAAUAGCUUGAUCGUCGUGGAGAAGUGGGAGAAAGCAUCAUUGGAUGUCAGACAGCACAGUAUUCCGUCGCAACUGCAUCUUGCGCCCAGAGAAAACACUUUCCGUCAACGUUUACCAUCGCCCCUUGGGUAAACAAAUCAUUGUUUUUGAAUUUCGAUAGUAGGAAUGGGGUAGCUACUUCCUUUUCUAGCUGCAGAUGCUGGCGUCCGCUCUUUGCCUGGUGCUGAAGGGAUGCGUGGGCUGGAAGUCCUAGGGCACUGCUAGCCCACCUCUGCUCAGAGAGAACGCAGCACUGUGUCCUCAACACACUGCCUGCCUGCCUGCCUGGGGAGACCAGCCAUCACAUCCUCACAGCAUUGGAUGCAGCUGGCUCAAAAACAGAGGAAGAACCGUGACCGGCUGUCUGUGGUGUUGUGAUGAUGAGGGGAUAACGGGGCCGAGCGCUGAGGGCCCUGAGGUGGACUGGCACAGUUGAAGCAGCAGGCCAGGGUUAAGCCAGGGGAGGGGAGGCAGGUGGUGGGCGCCCACCGUCCAAGGACCAGGAGCCACCAUUUCUCGGGUGGUGUUGCCGGCGCGGAGGAGGGGCGCCGUUCGGAGGUUGGAGGCUCUCUGGAUGAUGACCAGCCUCUUCCGCCGUCACAGCAACAGCAGUGGUAACCAUGGUGACGUGGCGCCGCACGAGGAAAGCCCUGUURCAGGCGAACUCAACAACAGUCGUGGGGGUGGGCGCACGGUGCGGCGUCUGGAGUUCAACCAGGCCAUGGAGGACUUCAGGACCAUGUUCCCCAGCAUGGAACAGGAGGUGAUAGAGUGUGUUCUGCGGGCCAACCACGGAGCCGUGGACUCCACCAUCGACCAGCUGCUCCAGAUGAGCCUAGACGGACACGGCUCUAACGACAGCUCUGACUCAGAGGACAGCCUUCCUCCUGAGAUCCGGGAGAGGACGUUGGAGCCAGACAGCUCUGACGAGGAGCCCCCGCCGGUCUACUCCCCGCCCUCCUAUGACAUGCACAUCUACGACAGGAAGUACCCAGACGAGGUCCUGCCCACAGCCUCACCACCUCCCAGCUUUGAUGCCAGUCAAACUCCUCCCUGCCAGCCCCCUCCUUGUCCACCCCCUCCCGCCAGUCAAUGGCAGGUUGGCAGUUACAGGAACUGGAACCCACCGUUACUAGGCAACCUCCCUGAUGACUUCCUGCGGAUCCUGCCUCAGCAGCUGGAUAGUCUGCCACGCUCAUACACCAGCCUAACGCAGAGUAGUCUGACCCAGCCCUCUUCCUCUUCAUCCCUGUCGUCCAUGACGCAGCAAGUUCAGCCGGGGACGGGGGCCAGGGCAGGCCAGGUUGGCAUGGAGACUGAGCAGGAGAGGAAGCUGAAGCAGUACUUGGGAGAUGAGCGCAUCGCCCUCUUCCUGCAGAACGAGGAGUUUAUGAGGGAGCUGCAGCGCAACCGCGAGUUCCUCAUCGCCCUUGAGAGAGCUCUCUCUGUUUUAGAUCGGCUGCAGUAUGAGUCAAAGACAUCCAAGUCCCAUCAUUCAACAGCUUUCAUGGGGAUGUCCACUCCAGGAGAUAAUUGUGCCUCAGGCUCUGGGGAGGCCUGCACCAAUGUUACAGACGAUGCCUUGUUCCGUGACAAACUCAAGCACAUGGGCAAAUCUACACGGAAGAAGCUUUUUGAAGUCGCUAGAGCUUUCUCUGAAAAGACCAGAAGAAGAAAAACAAAAAGGAGAGCCCUCUUGAAACACAAUUCACUGGGUAAUGCUGCCUCCACUGCCAACCUCUUGGAUGACGAAGAUGCCGGACACCUGAGUGAGAAGGACAGACAACUUAAGAGACCAGGCCCUCAGGAAGAGGAGAUGCCCCAGCAGGAAGUGUUGUCAUGAUUUCUCAUAUAGUUUCUUCUGUGACAAUGGAAGAACAACAUGGUUCACACUACACCUCUGGACCUGAACCAGACCGUCCGAACUCCCAUGGAAUAUUGUUGUCUUUAGAUGCUCUUCAGGACUGGGAAAUUUUAAGUCGUAAGACCAACAUGACUGAUUUGGAAGUCAGAGCAAUUCUUCAACCAAUGAGAUUUUAGCUAGCAAAAUGAGCUAGCUAAUAUUGCAAAUGAUAAAGUUAGCUAGCUUGCUUAGCUAUUAUCCACAUUGAUAAGUUUGACGGCAUCAAAGGUGAUCGGUCAGUGAUGAAACGUCACAACUCUUAAAUUGGGUAUCAUCUCCAUCUCCGACUUUCCCACUACGAAUUCCAAAUUGGGAGGGUCGUUCAAGUGCUUAUUUCCCAGUCGAAACAUUGUAUUUCCCAAUUCCGAGUAGCAUUUGAAGGCAGUCUUUUGAUUUCUUGUUUCAGAAAUCAACAAACUGGCUAGUUAGAUGCUUUUUUGUAUGAUUUAAAUUACAUUUUAAUAUAAUAUAUAUAUUGUUAUUGAUGGUGAAUAUUAAUAAUGUUAUGAUUUUAUUUUAAAGUAUUACUCAUUUUGAAUUAUUCCUGAUAAUYUCUGGGUGAUACAGUGAAAGCUGGAGUUGUAAUUCCGAUACGACU